AUGUUGCCUUUCGACGAUAGUACGUUCCGCAGCUUAUCGCCGAUCCGUGGCUCGCCAAGUCGCAUCGAUGAGGACAGCUUUGACAUUUCCUUUUGCGAGCUUUCUAACCCUGAUUCUGAGGUAUCGACGGAAGACCAUCGAGAUUUGACUCAAUCGACGCCAGGAAGUUUGCCUUUGCCGGCUAUUUCGAGCCCCGUUGACCCCUGCUCAGCAGAAUUUCGCUUGAAAAAGCCACUAUGGGGAAAGCACAAACUCCUCCAUGCACCGAUGAAGCCACGAAAAUCCAAGAAAAAAGAACAGCCCAUCGCACCAGGACAAUGGUUCCGGGAUAUUGAAGUACGGGAUUGGGAUGGCGAUUUCGGGAAAUCGGUCGAAAAAAUUGUCAAGCCGUCCGUUCCACUCGCACCAUUCCAAAAGAAUUACCGGGUUGUUAGGGAAAUGUUUGAGGCGAGACGACCGCAGAUCGAAACGUUCGAACGCAAAAUGAAACUCUUCUUCUUCUUCACGAUCUUCUUCUUCUUUGUUGCCACGGCUUUGGCUGGACCGUAUGAGGUCGGACACGACUGCAUCCACUCCGCUCAAUGUGAUGACGGCAGCUGCUGCCAGAAUGCUGGUGCCUCCGAGGGACACUGCCAGAAGGCCAAGUGCAGCGACAGCCAGCACGAACUUCUGAUGCUCAAC